UCAUUUGUUGUUCGUCAGCCGGCUUGCAGUGAAAAUUUGUUUAUGCGUGGAAAAAAUGCACAAUAAAUGAAUAAAUAAAAUGGAUACGCAAAUUUUAGAUGCCGUAAACGACUUUCUGAAAGUGGACUCCAUAGAUGAAGCGUUUGUAAGCGUCAUUUUAUUCAAGUCCGAGGAUGACAAGGCAAGCAAUUUUACAAAUAAUUUGAUCACCGCAUUCGGCAAUGUGGAAAAUCGGGAACAGGUUCUGCGCUCGUAUUUGCUGCGGGCCGCAGAAGCACCAAGCUACCACAUGCAGGUGCUGAUGGGCGCGCUGCCCAAAUUGGUGGAUGCACACCUAAUUACGGCAAGAAUGCUGUGCGACAAGGUUUUGUCCUGCGAGAAACUCGACUAUGAGCGCAAAACUUUUUGGAUCGAAAGUUUCCGGCUGAUCAAAAAGGUUAUCGCGCAUGUGGACUAUAAGGGCGUGCGUGAGAUCAUGAAGGCGUGUCGCGACAAGGCCCAAUGGUUUCCACUCAAUGUCAACGUCACAUAUCUACCCCAAUUGCUCGCCGUGGAAGAAAUCAUACGCUUUAUAUUCGAUCGUAACAACUGCCUGCUGCCCGCCUACUUCAUAGCCAAUGAAAUAAUGCGUCCGUUUCCCUAUCACUGGAAGCUUAACAAACUGAUGACUGAUUUUGUUGAGGAAUUCCGGGCUACAGCGCAAAUGGUUUCGAUCAUUGGCCAUGCAAAUAUGCUGCCCAUUGUGGAACAUUUUGGUUAUGCCGAUCACUUGAUGAACUCCUGGCGACUGGAUCACAACACCUUGAAGUUCAACUUUAAGGGCAGCCUGCCGUAUGAGCCGGAAUUGCUAGAGGAUCAGACGCCGUUGUUGCGCUAUGUGCUGGAGCAGCCGUAUUCGCGCGAAAUGGUUUCAGUCAUGCUCAAUCUCCAAAAGCAUCAGAAGCAGCGCUACAAUGCGCUCGAGGAGCAGCUGGUCAAUCUGAUAAUACAUGCUAUGGAAAUGACUGAAUCGAAUGAUGCCACUGCGGGCAGUGGCUUCAAUGCUACCGACGAACAAAUCUCGCCCAAUGAAUGGGUUUGGCUGCAUCUCUCCUCACAGUUGAUUUACUUUGUGCUCUUUCAAUUUGUCAGCUUUAUGCACAUUGUAUUGGCUUUGCAUGAGAAGCUAUCAAAGCUGGAGCUGCGCAAGGGUCGCGAUCAGCUGAUGUGGAUACUGCUGCAGUUCAUCUCAGGCAGCAUACAAAAGAAUCCCAUCACCAACUUUUUGCCUGUGUUCAGACUCUUCGAUCUGCUGUAUCCAGAACAGGAGCCACUUAAGCUGCCCGACUACAACAAGUCUUCCCUGGUGCGUCACAUGGCGCCCAUCUGCAUCUGGAUACAUCUAAUGAAAAAGGCGCGUGUUGAAAAUAUGAACAUAACACGACCGCUGCCAAUUGCGCUGAAAAACCAUCAAGACUUUCUGCAGCACCUGGUCGCGCCAAACAGCAUGAUGAACGUCACGUUGGGCAAUGAUUUUCGCAUUAUACUCAUCUGCAAUGCAUACUCAACGAAUCAGGAGUACUUUGCGCGACACAUGAAUGUAUUGCUGGAUGCCAUGAAUGGCAAUGCGAAGUCAGCGAACGGCACUCCGAUACCAGCUGUAACCUACUCCGUUUCAGUGCUGGACAGCCUGACGGUGCACAGCAAAAUGUCGCUGAUACACAGCUUUGUUACGCAAAUGCUGAAACAGGCGCAGAGCAAGACAUUGGUCCCGGCACCGGCGCUCAUUGAGACCUAUGCCAGAUUGCUGGUCUACACUGAGAUUGAGUCGCUGGGCAUCAAGGGUUUUCUGACUCAACUGCUGCCAACAGUCUUUAAGAAUCAGGCCUGGGCCAUGCUGCACACGCUAAUGGAAAUGUUCUCCUAUCGCCUGCACCAUGUGCCCACACACUAUCGCGUCCAGCUGCUCUCACUGCUCUACACACUCUCCUCAGUGCCGCCGACCAAUAAAAUGCAGUUGAAUCUGUGCUUUGAGUCCACUGCAUUGCGUUUGAUAACCAGCAUUGGCUCCGCUGAGUUUCAGUCACAGUUUUCGCGCUAUUUGAAUGACAAGUCGCCUGGUGGCGUUGCGUCCAAUGAGAGCGAGGAACUAAAUCGUGUCCUCAUCUUGACGCUGGCGCGUUCAAUGCACGUUCAUGGCGGCGGCGAUGAGUUGGCCGGCUGGUGCAAGGACUUCCUGUCCAACAUAAUGCAACACACGCCGCAUUCGUGGCCAAUGCAGUCGCUGGCAUGCUUUCCGCCCGCACUCAACGAGUACUUCACACAAAACAAUCAUCCGGCUGAGAACAAACAGCAGCUGAAAAAGUCCGUGGAGGAGGAGUAUCGCAAUUGGACAUCCAUGUCCAAUGAGAACGACAUCAUUGCCCACUUUAUCAGGCCCAACACAAAUCCGUUGUUCUUGUGUUUGCUUUUUAAAAUCAUAUGGGAAACGGAGAGCAUCAGUCCCGUGGCAUACAAAAUUCUGGAAGGGAUCAGCGCACGUGCCCUGUCCACACAUCUGCGCAAAUUCUGUGAUUAUCUGGUCGCCGAGGUCGCCAGCUCUUCGGAUGGACGUGACUUUAUACACAAAUGUGUGGAUACCAUCAAUAACAUGAUCUGGAAGUUCAAUGUGGUUACCAUCGAUCGCCUGGUGCUCUGCCUGGCGCUGCGCACGCACGAGGGCAACGAGGCACAAGUAUGUUUAAUCAUAAUUCAGUUGCUGCUGCUGAAAGCCUCCGAGCUGCGCAAUCGCGUGCAGGAAUUCUGCAAGGACAAUAAUCCUGAUCACUGGAAGCAAAGCAAUUGGCAUGAGAAACAUUUGCAAUUUCAUCAAAACUAUCCCGAGAAAUUUGCGCCGGAUGAGUCUGCGUCGCAAAUCCCGCUACCCGUCUACUUCAGCAAUGUCUGUCUGCGAUUCCUGCCAGUGCUCGAUGUGGUCGUGCAUCGCUUCAUUGAGCUAACCAUACCGAAUGUGCACCAAAUUCUGGGCAUCAUAUUGGAUCACUUGAGCAUACUCUAUAAGUUUCAUGAUCGUCCCAUUACCUAUCUGUACAAUACGUUGCACUAUUAUGAGCGCAUUUUGCGUGAUCGCCUGCCGCUGAAAAAGAAGCUGGUUAGCACCAUCACAAGCGCGUUUAGCGAGAUACGUCCCGCCAACUGGAGCGUCAGUGAGCCGUAUAAAGUUUAUCUGCAAAGUCAGGACGCUUUAUGGACGCCCGAGCUGAGCUACUACAUGAAUCUCAUUCGAAGAUUGGCUGACACUAUCAGCGGCAAGAAUGUCUUCUAUACCACCGAUUGGCGUUUUAAUGAGUUUCCUAAUGCACCCACCCAUGCGCUAUAUGUUACCUGCGUGGAACUGCUUGGCCUGCCUUUGGCGCCUUCGGUGGUUGCGGGCAACAUAAUCGAUGUGAUUGUUAAUGGUUACGCUGUGGUGCCGCAAAAGGAAAUACACAGCUACAUCAAUGCGGUGGGCAUUGUGCUGGCCGCCCUACCGGAACCCUACUGGAGUGCCAUUUACGAUCGCCUGCAGGACAUGCUAAACACGCCCAACAUGCUCAACUGGACAUAUCGUUUUAAUGCCUUUGAACUGUUCAACUUCAAGACUGUGCGAGAAGCCAUGCUGGAGAAAAGCUAUGCUGUGGUGCUGGCAGUGGCGCAUGCGGUGUUCCAUCACAUGGGCGCCUUCAAGCUGGCAGCCAUGACCAGAUACAUCAAAGAGAAACUGAAGCCCUGUGUGCGCACCGAGCACCAAUUGCUGUAUCUAUGCCAUGUCUUUGGACCGUUUCUGCAGCGCAUUGAGCAGGAGAAACCCAAUGCGGUCGCGGGCAUAGCCAUAUUCCUCUAUGAGAUGCUGGAAAAUGUAGACAAGCAGCAUGGACCUAAACCGUUGGAGUAUAUGGAUCAAAUUUGCGACUUUCUCUAUCACAUUAAGUACAUACACGUGGGCAAUAUUAUCAAAAACGAAUCGGAGGCAAUAAUCAAAAGGCUGCGACCGCAGCUGCAAAUGCGUCUGCGUUUUAUAACUCAUCUUAAUCUGGAGGACAUACACACAGAGAAGAUAGCUGACAGCAAUGCAAACACAACCGCAAAUGCAAAUCAUUCGCCAUUGCAAGCACAGCAGCAGCAGCAAGCUCAGGCUCAGGCUGUGGCAGCCACAACAACCAGCUUGCCACUGGGCAGCGGCGGCAGUACUCAACAGCAAAUGUACCUGCAACACAUGCAGCAGCAGCAGCAACAACAACAACAACAGCAGCAACAACAGCAACAACAACACUUGCAAAGCAUGGGCAUGCGUCACAACUAGACAGCAGCAAAUAAUACUACUAAAACAACAACAACAACUAGCUUUAGCUUAGGUUCUACGUAUUUAUUUAAGUAUGCAUAGGUUUAGUAACAGUCCGGAAUUCACAAUUAGCACAGCUCAGCUUAGGGAUC